GUCGAAACGUGAACGAUAUAGCCAACUACCACCAACAACUAAGGAAUUGGAAUAGGAAAGAAAUAUAUUAGAAGACAUUGCAAAAGGGAUUAAUUAGGGCUUAUUAUUAUUGAAAUUCAUUUAAUAUUUCUUUAGAAAAAUUAAUUUUGUCAAAAGAUGAGUGUGGAAAUUACAUCGAUUGAUCAAUUUCAAGAAAUCUUACAAAAAGACAAUGAACAAGUCCUUCUACUCAAUUUUUAUGCUCCUUGGGCUGCUCCCUGCCAACAAAUGAAUCAAGUUUUCGAUCAAUUUGCUAAAGAUACCCAAGAUGCGGUAUUUUUGAAAAUCGAAGCUGAAAAGUUCUCUGACAUUGCAGAAUCUUUUGAUGUAACGGCCGUUCCCUUAUUCGUUUUAAUCCAUGGUCAAAAGGUCCUUGCUCGUAUUUCAGGUGCCAACCCUCAAAAGUUAAAAUCUGCGAUCGAUGAAUAUAUUCGUCCUAUCAUCCAUCAAUCGUCUGCUACACCCACUUCUAACGGCCCUGAUGCCAAUGUAGGCUCGGUCCAAACAAAUGCUGUCUCUUCCGGAGCUAGUGGUGCAAAGGCCGCAAAUGGCUUGGAUGUCGAAAUGGAUAAUCGUCUACGCACCCUUACUAGUGCCCACGACAUCAUGCUCUUCAUGAAAGGUACUCCUUCUGAACCUGCUUGUGGUUUUAGCCGUAAACUGGUUGGUUUGCUCCGUGAAAGAAAUGUCCAAUAUGGUUUCUUCAACAUUUUGGCCGAUGAUUCCGUUCGCCAGGGCCUUAAGGUCUUUUCUGACUGGCCUACCUUCCCUCAACUUUACAUUAAAGGUGAAUUCGUCGGUGGUUUGGACGUUGUAGUUGAAAUGAUGGAAACUGGUGAAUUCCAAGAAAUGCUCACUUAAUACAACCGUUCAUGUUUACUACUUUUCCAUUUCCUAACUAUAUUCUUUUUGGCAUCUAAUACUUCACAUGUCCAUAUUUCUUUUGACAACGGGUGGUGGUAAGACAAAUGGGUAGAAUAAUCCUAUAAACAGCUAGCUACCUUAGAUUAGAAGAGAUAGAAAGAAACUAUGAAUUUCCCUUGACGGAAACAUAGAAAAUAUAACAGGAAAACAAUCCAUGAAGAUAGUUACCUCUCUACACAACCUUUCAAUUCUUCCUACAUUAAAUAAAACCUACGUUAUUACGCAAA